AUGAGUUACGCGCGAUUGGUAAAUCAUGAACCGUGGAAUUACGUAGAAUACUCUGCCGCAAAUUAUCCGCGCAUUAAGACGCCAGAUGAUCGAAAUGAUUAUGCUCUUACUGAGUCCCCCUACAGUCUAAAUAACGUUAUAUAUAAAAAGGGGGAAGAUUUUUCCAAAUUAAAAAAUUAUUCCUGUUUCCCCUUUGAUGACAAUCAUCAAAGAAACAAAAAUAAAAUAAAUCCAAUUUAUGUGAGUAAAACAAUCCAGAAAACUAUAAUCCCCAUGUGUAAAAUAAAGGUGACGGGGAAUAUACAAGAAAAAACACAACUUCCAUGA